UAAUCAGAAAUUCAUUCUUAAAUAGCCUCUUAAAUAUCGGGAUAUUUCUCAUAAAGAAGGAACCUAUAAUGUAGAGGUGUGCUGUAACUUUUUGCAGUUUUCUUUCCACGGUAGUACGCUUGGGAUGGAUCCAAUUCACAAGAAAGUGUUGGCUAUCAAGACAGUUACGAUCAUGAAUAACGUUACCAACCCAUCAAUGCUUGCCUCACAUCUCAGUACACUUUUUUGUAGUUCAGAUAAAGAAGAAAUCGAUGCUAUGCAAAGAUAUCGUGGUGCUACUCGUGCAACACAAAAAAUGUUAAUUUUGUUGGAAAAGAAAGGCCCUAAAGCUUUUAAUAUGUUUAUAACAGCCCUGAAUCAUCCGAACAUUGUUUUGCAUGAUAUAGCAGAAGAACUCCAAGAAGAAGAGAGAAAACUGCGAGGUUGGCAAGGAGCUAGACUUACAAAAAGCCCUGUUCCCCCAUUUCCAAUGCCAGAAAGCCCUGUUACCCCAUCUACAAGAGGAAACUUUGAUGAUCAACUUGAUGGUCAAAAAGAUGAUUACCCACUUCCUCUCAGUGCAGCAUCCACAAUACAAUUAACUCAUGAAGAAAGUAACAGUAAAUUGAACAACUUGAGCCAAGGCCAAGAACAAGCUUCUCCCAGCAAACGCUCCUCCACUGCUGAUGCAAAAAAUGAUGUGCUCAGUUUAGAGACACUCAUCAAAGAUAUCCCCUACAGUCUCUGCUUGAAGAUUGAGCAGUUGAUGGAUCCAUCAGAUGCCAAUCAUCAUGACUGGCGGGGCGUAGCCAGUGUCAUGCAUUUGAGUGCUGAUGAUGUGAGACAAUUGGAGAACACUCAAGAAAAUGGAAAGAUGAAAUGACUUAUCCAAAAGAUGAUUUAACUAAAAAAGACCAUAAAUGAUCUCCUUGGUUGGUUAAGGGAUCCUAUUGUAGCCAGAUGGGAUGUUAUAGAUGAAAUGAAAAAGUAUUCCAAUAAUAUUCCAUCUAAUUUAUUGUCACCUGAGACAGAAACUUCAGAAGACCAACUAUUGGGUACGUUUCUUGUUUGCUUUUUAAAAUCAACUGAUUAAAUUAUGACACCAUUAAUUAUCAGGCCUUGAUUGUAACUAUCG